UAUUGUCGCUCAGUUAGUGACGUGGAUUUUCAUUGAAGCAGUCAGUGCUGCCAGAAGCAGUUUCUCCAGCCUUAAAGAGCUCUCCUUCUAACGCAUUUUAACCACAUUUACAAGGUGAAUCCGUCGCUCUCUUUCGUCGUGUUUCACUUUUUAACACAGUUGUGCCGCAGCUGUCGAAACAGUCCCUGUGAUGUGUGUUUACUCACCACAGACUCCAGGAUGAGUAAAAACAGCAAAGUGUUGAACCUGAAGGAUAAAAUCAGUGGGAAUGAAGUGGACCUGAGCUUGUGUAAUCUCACUGAGGUGCCAGUCAGGGAGCUGGCCUUGUUCCCCAAAGUAACAGUUGUGGACUUAUCUUGUAACAACAUUACCUCCCUUCCUCCAGAGUUCUGCAACCUGACCCACCUAGUGAAGGUGGAUCUGAGUAAAAACCAGCUGACCAGUCUGCCAGAUGACCUGGGGAACCUGGUGAACCUUCAGCAUCUAGACCUGUACAACAAUAAGCUGACAAACCUGCCAGUGAGCUUCUCUCAGCUCAGGAGUCUCAAAUGGUUGGACCUAAAGGAUAACCCACUGGAGCUUGGCCUGGCCAAGGCAGCAGGAGACUGUCUGGAUGAGAAACAGUGCAAACAGUGCGCCACUAAGGUUCUGCAGCACAUGAGAGCCAUUCAGGAGGAGGUCGAUCAUGCUCGAGAGAAACGACUUUUAAGAGAAAAAGAGCUGGAGAGGAAGAGGGAGGCGAAGCAGAGGGAGCGGGAGGCCAGAGAGAGGGAGGCUCGCAAACGGGAAAAGGCAGAGGAGAAGGAGAAGAGGAGGAAAGAGUACAAUGCUCAGAAGGCAGCACUGGCUGCACAAGAGCAACAGAAGAAGAAAAGUGAGGAGAAGAAGAAGAAGAACGGACAGGCAGCAGCAGAUAAAAAGGUCGCUGUGGAGUCUAAGCCUAAACCUCGCCGUUCUGUCAUUGGUCUGAUCUUCAAGCUCCUCCUCCUGCUGCUCGUGGGAUUGGCCGGAGUCGCCGCUGUCUGUCGCCUGACUGACCUGCAAAAGGAAGCUUUCUGUCUGCCGAUAAACGCCGCAGUGGACGACGGCCUAUCCUGGGCCAAAGAGCAGCAGAUUGUGCUCAGACAGCUGGUGCAGAAUCUGUCGACUGCAGCGAAAGAGUUUCUCGAAUCCACACAAACAUCUAAGAACUAAAUACUCAAGCCUCCAUCAAAGCUCAGAGCUCCAGGUUUUCCACUAUCACCUGUGAACCAAGGGAUUUUGUGUGUUUGUUUUUUAAAUAUGAGAAAUCAUGAGUCUCAUUAAAGUGGGUAACCCUGCAUCUCCUUACCAUGUUUGUGAUGCUGGGGAGGUGAAAGGUCUGUACAGAUAAAUGACAAUGGAACAGGUGUGAAAACCAUCUUAAAUUCCUAUGGAAUUGUCUCUCUUGUACCCUCUUUGUACUACAGUGUGUUUUUUAAAAAAGAAGAAGAAGUAAUCAUCUUAAAUGUCUCCCUGUCGACCAUGUUUUGCACUUUGACCAGCAGCCAGCUGGUUUGUUUUCUGUGCAUUACACGGAGCACAGGCUGGAUUUGAGAGACGUUCAGUGAAGUGUCAGGGGGCCCUGUCUGUGCUGCACCAGUCACAUGUUAGCUGCCAGUCACAGUUGUCCAUUUGCCAGUGUUAGAUUAGGCAGUCUGAGCAUGUGCAGCAAAAGCUGUGUCAAUACAAAGCCUUUCCAGCCAUAUAGUCAACCCUCCUUAAUUUUGCACUUUGGAGUCCAAAUGAUAGAAGUGGAUUUUAUGUUGUCACAGCUUAUAUCCUCAGCCGGUAAAACAUUUUCAGUCACACGAAUACCAAAGAUAUCAGAGGUAAUUAAGAAAAAGUGUCGGUAUUAUCCAGCAGAGAGCAAAAUCUCUUGUUUAGUACAUCCUGUUUCCUGCUUCCAGAUCUUUAACAAAAGCAAAAAUCCUCUUUCUGACGGUGUAAAGUUGCUUAACCACAAAUCUAAUCCCGUUUAAUAAAAGGGCAAUUUCAACAGCACAUCUCGGUUUUUCUGCAUAAUAAAUAAAUGCUGCUGUAGUACGUGCAAGAAAUCUGUCUGCACAAAUAAAUAAAGUGUAAUUCAUUACUUUGAUGGUGUAUGAAUGUCAUAGGAAGAGAUCUUUAUCAAUAGGAAAGGAUGGCCUCCAUCCAGUGGCCCAACAACCAUCUUCCAAGAUUGAAUUCGAUGUCUUCCAUUUCACUAUAAAGCUCUUGUUUCCUUUAUGUGCGUUUAUAAUAAACAAAACCAGCAAAUCAGAAAACAAACGUUUACCUUGAAAGCUCAAUGUGCAAAUUUAGAAAUACUAAAUAAUUUCAGUUCUGAUAUAAAUUAAAGCUCAGCCAAUGCUGAUGAUUCUAAUACAACAGGUCAUUUUAAACUUGAUAACACUUUUUUUUUCAUAAAUCCUGCACAGAUUGUAUCAUUUCAUAGAUUUUUCCUGCUUCCCAACUGUGAGUAUUUUUCGCAGACCUAAUUUUUCAGUAACAAUGUACAAACUGUAAAUUUUGUCUUUAAACUGGACUACCAAUAAACAAGCUUUGCUACUGUCGCAAUAAAUGAAUGUUUAAUUCAGAUGCAGCGGUGAAGGACAAAUAAAACUCAUUCAGAUA